AUGACUUUCCUUAACUCUGCUUUGGGAUUGGUUGCCUUGUGGGAAGUGCCGUCUUUGGCUGCUGCUGCUGCUGCUGCUGCUCCACCCAACUGCUCUUCUAUGGCUGCCUCCUUUCUUCCACUUAGGAUUAAGUCUCCCCCAUCUCCCCCGGAGCUGUACUUACCUUCUUGCAAGUUGCUCCUAGGAGGAGGGCCCAAACCCCACCAAGAAGAAAGGCGGUUACUGCUGUGCCACCAGCUGCACCAUGGUCAAAGGGGGCGGGUGCUUCCAUCCUGCAGGCAGGGAGGUGGCACCCUUUUCACUGUCUGCCAUUGGGGGGCUUCUCUGGCAUGGGCAAUGGGGCUACGGUCUUGUCCAGGAAUCAGUGUUGGAAUAAGUUGA